UUUUAUCUCGAUACAUUCAAUACAUGCAUGCGUGAUAUAUUUUAUCGCCAUGUCGUAACUUUUUGCUCCGUGAUAAACAAUUACGUUGACGAGCUCAACUUGCUGACAUUAAUGACUACGCAAAUACAUAUACGAUUAAACGCAUAAAUAUUCUUACGACGUGUCACAAAUAACAGAAUAUACAGGGUGUAUCUCGAAUGAUGCUCUAAACUUUAGGAGCGUAUUCUGGAGGUCGAAAUAAGGCUUUUCUUGCCUAUAAAUAUGGGUCCGCAAAUAAACCCUCUCCGAGCUAAAAUUCGAAAAUGUGUGAAAUUAACCAAACACCCGCAACGCAAAUUUAUUUAUCUCUCAAGAUAGGGUGAUAGGUAACAUCGAAAUAACAUUAAUAACAUUAACGUUCUGCAUGAACAAAUUCUGAACGCAUUCGCGAUAAUCCGGAACACGCAAAGCAUUUUUGGAAGGAUACGGCAAUCCAUGAGGCACAGGAUGGAAGCUUGCAUCGUAGCCAAUGGCGCCCAUUUCGAACAUUUUUUUACAGAUAACAGUGAAACCACUUAAAAACUGAACGUUUUCGAAACUGCCAGCUUGGCAAAUUAGUGUUUUCAUGAUAUACGCUUUUAUUUUUCUCAUCUUAGUGGCUUACUUCGCUUCAUAAUUAGCUCGAAGGGGUUUCAGUUGCGAAACCGUGUUUAUAGGAAACCAAAGUCUUAUCUUGACCGCCAGAAUACGCUCCUGAAGCUUAGUGCAUUAUUUCAGACACACCCUGUAUAUUUAUAUAACAAAGAAACUCGUGAUCCACGAUUUGAUCUCAUCUAAUCACACGCUGAAUACACUUUAACGAAAAUUGUAGAAAAUGUUUAAUCUUUUCCGAUGUGGUCCUAAAGAAUGCGAUCCUAUCUAAAUAUUCAUUCCUUCGUGUCGUGACUCUUGGAAAUUGAGGCUUUCCGACCUAUUCACAGAUGACCGGACGGCUCUCGACGGGCGGCAGGCAACAAAGGACCCCAUAAGAACUUUGUAGAAGGGAACAGCGACAGACCCUCUCCGAGCCCCAAACGUGACGCUUGAUGCGCGCAAGUGCGACGAAAACGAAUUGUACGUGUUAGAUAUUGCGUGACACUCGCACGGAUCUGGACUUUAAUCCCCACCGGUUUGUUUUACGGUGCACAGAGAUAGUGACAAAUAUAGCUCGCGCUAAUUGAAAUCUAUCCCAGUGACGUCAAAUUUGCAUUGAGAUUUCGCGCGUAUCGCGUAAAUAAGAUAUCGCGUAAAUACAAGACGUAACAUUUUCGCGUGUGUCCGUAAUUUUGUAUAUUAAAGUUCGUUAAUUUUCUAUCUUUUUCAACGUUGCACUGCCUAGAAACAAACAAUCGAUUGACGAAAAUAAUUCUUCAACGUGAAAGUGAGCGGAAAAAGUGCAACGAACGUACCGAAACGGCUUAGAUUCGCGUUGAAAUAGGUGAAAUAGUGAGACACGUUAAUGAAAGGAGUAGCAUAAAACGAAGGGACGAGCGAGAAGAAAACUGUGUUAUUUGUGGACUUUGUCAAAUAUUGUGGAAGGGUUUCCGGGCGACCAGGCACGGGGCACAAACGAAAGUCGCCAGUUGUUCGCGGAUUGUCGAUGCGUGGACGCCUCGGUCGCGCAUAUUAGAAGCUUAUUUCUCCGCUCGCCCGGCACAACUUGUCCGUCAGUAUCGUUACGUAAUUGCAAAUCGCGGUGCAGUUAGAGGCAUCGAUAUUAUACGGAUUGCUAUAUGGGACGAGAUUUUGUCCCUCCCGAUCGAAAUCGCUCGCGCGACAAUCGCGUUAACCACCAAGUAACGUACAGUCCGCGGUUACGUGCGGUCUCUCUCUUCGUCAGCGAAGAAAGACGCGGUCUACACCGCGUGUGGGCCGCGGCGACAAAUUCCAAGUCGACGCGACGGCGUAGGACGAUCCGGGGCUCGAAACAAGAGGGAACCGCGUCGGCCACGUGACGGCAUAAAGUGCAAGACGCCGGCGCGGUGUAAUCAUCUCGUUCCGGCGAUAUGACAGGCGGGAGGAUGGGAGCAGAAGGAGACCCGACGACAAUAAUCGUCUACGCGGAUGUUUACACGCAGGAAACCCCGAGCACGUCCGAGCAUGAGCUCAGCGUGAUGAUGGCGCCUACCGACGACUCGUCACCGGCGCAGGCAUCGAUAUCCACGAGAGGUUUAGACGUGCUGGACGACGCGAGAUUGAACAAAUUCUCUCUAACGUCGCAACCGACGAAACCUGCGGCUUCGCCGAUCGUGGACACCGACGCCGACGCGAUAGAGGAAGCAGUACCGAUCGUGCAGACGAAGCUACCUGUGCCGGAGUCGGAGCCGAAAAUCGAGAAGAACGGCAUCGAAAGGAAGCCGAAGAAGCCGCGCGACGAGCCGAACGACGAGUGUCUCAUCAAUUGCAUUUACUACACGCAACAGUGCUGUGACUGCACGAUAGUUUGAGACCGUGCCACGUCCGUAGCUAGACAACAAGCCGAGGGAAGUGGCGUCUUGAGGCUACUCUCCAGUCAGCUCCGGGACCUCGAGGCGGUCCCUUCCCUUCGAUGCGAAAUUUAGGAUCUGACAUUACAACGAGUGAUUGCGCGCCGCUAGGAUACUUUGUGAUACACGACGAGUAUAAUAGACAAGUUCGCACGGGGUGCGGUGUAGAAAAUUUUGUAAAUGUACGAAUGAAUGUGGCGAUGCUCGUAAUUAUAUACACGCUAAUUUUUGAUACUGUCGCAUUUAUAUUUUAUCGAGCAUCGGCUGUGCGAUUAAAGGCGCUUGUCACGAAGCACAUGGGUAACUGAUUAAUUUAUACUUUUUAGAAUUUACUUCUCUCGGUAGAGAAGGUACUUGCGAAUGUUCACUGCCGUUUACAUGAUGUAAAGCUCGAAUGGGAGACGUUACAAGAGUCGAUUGUUAAUUCAUAAGCGUUCUCUCGCAGUACGUUGUGGGGCAAUUUAUUUGCCACACCGUUACACGUCUUCCUAACAAACUGACGUUAACAUGAAUUAGUCAAUCCAUAAUGCGCACUCGACAGUAUUAACCGCGACAAUCAUUCCGACACUUGUAUCUGUUCGUAAAUUUAUAAGGUGAAAAAUUGAACCUGUAAGAGGACGCGUAUAUCCAUUUGGAAACAAAAGCGACAGAAAUGAUAUCAAAUUAAUUUCCAACAUUGAUAUAAAAAUGCGUUUGUUAUUAACGAAGAAUCUUCCGAUAAGUUUUGUCUAACGUGUCAGGGCAACUAAGAAGCGUUUCGACAGCGCGGCUGAUGAUCAAACUGAAUUUUCUUUUACAACCAUCUUUGCAUGUUUAUUUGACUAUUUUUAUUAUCUAGUAAUGUAUGACAAUACAAUCUUCCAAAGUAUUAUUGUACGCGGAUAAAAUAAGUAAAAACACAGGUUGCAGAUGAUCCAAAUACUCUUUGCACAGUGUUUCUUACAUUGUACAUUGUAAUUCUGUUAAAAUUUCAACUCGAUCAUUGCGCUGCGCUGCACCAGUGACACAGGAAUUGCAAAGACACUUCGUCCAUGUUUCAUAUAAAUAUUUAUAUAAAUAUUAUAUAAGUAUUUAUAUAUCAAUAAUAAUUGGAGACUGCAAGCAGUGUAAUUUAUUCAAAUUUAUUCCUAGAUGAGGACUAGAGUAGUUUUGUAACGUUACAACGUACGAAUUUAAUGUAAAGGUAAUACUAAAUAAUAAUAUUCUUUUUUUUUA